AGUAACCACAAGCACUAAAUCAAAACUCUAAAUUCACUCUAAAUAAACAUUCCCGAUGCUAUGACACUUUAAAUAGUCUUUCCAAAUGUUUCGAAACAUUUGUAGCUUGAAACAUUAUUACUUACCGUAUAAUGACAUAUAGAACAGCCAAUUAAAGUUUCGAAGCAUUUAGCACAACAAUGUUUCGAAGCAUUAGUGGUAAGCUUUAUAUAUCACUGUAGAGUAAGCUUUUAAUGUUAUAUCACAUUUUGACAUUUCUUAAAAUGUUUCAAAACACUAACUUAACACUAGUGAGGGCAAUAAAAGUUUGGCAGUAUUUCGUGGUAUGUUUAUGUUUGCUGCAGGUAAAAUCGUUCGGCGCACGGUUCAGCGUCUAUAAAAAUAACAGCUCCUUAUCGUCGCAAGAUACAAUUUUCUAGUUACGAUGGCUUCCUGCAAAAACAAAACUAGAAAGGAGGAGUUUUCGCUCUACGCCAGCUUCAACGACACUUUCGUCCACGUCACGGAUCUUUCGGGCAAAGAAACAACCUCGCGCGUCACCGGCAACAUGAACGCCAAGGCCGAUCGUGACGAGGCCUCGCCCUACGCCGCUUUGUUGGCUGCUCAGGACGUCGCCGAUAAGUGCAAGUCGCUCGGAAUCACGCUGCGUGCCACCGGCGGAAACCGCACCAAGACCCCGGGACCGGGUGCUCAGUCGACGCACCGUGCUCUGUCCUGUUCGUCAAAGAAUUUUGUGAUUUAGUGCUAUUAGUAUAAACAUAAAUAAAUGCUCUGUUUUAAUCUGGCAAGUGUUUCAGUUUUUCCUGAAGUUGUUCCUCAAGGAAGACUUAGUCGGCAAAAAUCAUCUGAAUAAACAUAUUUCAGGACGGACGAGACGGUUGGCGCAGGGCAUCUAGGUGAAACAUCUCAGUACACGCAGUUUAGAAUUUCGAAAGCAAAGCAACACAGCAAAAAAAAACAAACAAACUUUCAAAAUCGUCAUCCCAGCGUAAAAGCACUCUCCCAAGAGAGAGAAAGAGCUGCGCAAAGCUUUUUGAUUUUUCUAUUUUUGUUCUGUCGGUAAAGUAGUAUUUUGACGUUUUACCGCUGUAUAACUUUAUAUCAACUCUAGACUUCGCCACUCAAUUUUACCUCCAUGCGUAUAAAGUGAAUAUAAAGUUUCAAGACUCUAUAGACAAACUUUAUAUGUUGAUAUAGAGGGGAUUUAAAGUUACCUUAUACAGUCCCGCGGUUACUU